AGACUGUCCAGGAAUUCAACACCCUGGUGGCUCUGUACCGGGAGCAGGUCAUAUCCAUCGGGGAGACCUCCACCGACUGUCCCUCCCUGCGGGCUCAGAUGCAACUCACACGCUCCAAAGGAUGCUCCAUGGCCCGGGCAGCGCACCAGGACCUCACCGUCCUCUCUGGUUCAGGGCCGGAGGACGGAGAGAUCCACCCUGAGAUCUGUCGGCUCUUCAUUCAGCUGCAGUGCUGCCUGGAGAUGUUCGUGACGGAGAUGCUGAAAUCCAUGUGCCUGCUGGGGGUGCUGCAGCUCCACAGAAAAAGAACCGACUCGGAGCCGAAGGUGGACUUCAGGAUGGACGAGAGCUCGGACGUCCCGUUCCUGGAAGAGCGGUCGUCCUCGCCCAUAGACUUCGCUCAGGAGCAGUGGCUGGUGGGAAACGAUAUUGAAAACAUUGAGAGAGACAUGCGAGAGAUGCGAAACCUACUCAGCAAACUCAGGGACACGAUGCCAUUGCCACUGAAGAACCAAGACGACAGCAGCUUGUUGAACCUGACUCCUCAUCCGCUGAUCAGACAGAGGAAGAGACGCUUCCCUGGACUCUGCUGCAUGGUGUCAGGCUGAGAGUCCGACCGCAGCAACACACACAUGAGUAGACUUUCAUUUUAUCAAGACAUUUCUAAACCAAUUCUAUUCUUAAUUAUAGAAAAUAUCUUUUCCAUCUUGUUCUGUCCCAUUUAUCCAGAUAAACAAGUUUUUUUUUUUUUUACUGGAUCAUUAUUUUGUUCUGCAACUUGACCUCAUGUGGUCAGUGUGUUGCAUUAGCUCGGUAAGCUAACGGAUGAGAUGAGCUCCGGCUCAGUGAGGUGCAGCAGUUUCAGGCUCUUGUGGAACUUUUUCUUUUUGUUUCCAGUUUCUUUUUAAUGCGUUUUAUUUCCUUUUCUAAAACAUUCUGUCGUUCUUUCCUAUAAUGAAAGAGGGGAAAUGUAAAUAUUCAGGCUAUGCACAAGGCAUUUGUAGUUUUCAGGCGUCUCACUGUGUCUGAAUGUUUUACGAUGUGAGCUGUUUUUCGUCUGAACAACUUUCUGCUGUAUUUCCUUUCAGCGUUGUUCGAUAGAUGCUCCCGCCAGGUGUGAACUCCAGGUUCACCUCCAGUAUUAUGGUGCACACACAUCACCGGCUCCGAUUAUCACUACACAUCGUGUCACUGUAGAAAAGAGUACAUGUGUAAAAUAAUAAACAUACAAUGGCAGAUAAGAAAAAAAAAAAAAAAACGUUUCAAAGCUUUGCUUCGUUUCUUCGCCCCCCGAUCGUGUCAGUGGUGCAUGAAGAUGUCGGUCAGUUGUUCAGCCGAGUGGUUUAAUGUCUCGUUCACACGACACGAUCUUCAGCCUGAUUUUCCACUUGACCACAAGCAGACGUACUUGUCGGAGGUUUCUCCUGGUGAAAGAUCGUGACGUACGAACUCACAGUGACUCCGGAUCACGAGACGACCAGUCGUGUCGCGUGAACUUGGCGUUAGUUAGAACCGAAGUACUGACCAGACGUGUUUGGGACAGAGUUUCCUCCAGAUCUUUUCUGUAGCAACGUGUCUAAAUUUUCCAGUCGGCCAACACUGUAGUCCUUAAAACUAUGAAAGCACCCGUGUGGACAGUUUUCAUGAUCCCCAGAGGAUGAACACAAUAAUGUUACUCAUCAGCAGCAGCCGUAAACAUCUACCUUUACCCAGGAAAUAUAAAAAUAAAAUCCCACAGUUGUAUAUAUAGAGAAAACAGAUUUGAUGUUUAAACCAGAAACACCCUAAACUUUACUUUUCAAGCUUUAAUAUCCGGAACGACUAAAUGAUCACAAUGUCACGUGUUUUUUGGGGGAGGGUGCAACAAUGAUCGCAGCCACCAGGGGGCACUAGCGAGGCUUUUCGGUGUCAUGGGCUGCGCUGCACAUCGUUAGCCGUCUUCCCAGAUAAUAAAAUCGGAAUAAUUCAACUCCGGCCGUUUUCCCACUGAGUGUAGUUGCGGUGUAGUUUGUAAAUCUGUGUUUGUGGAGUUUUAGUUUUCUUUUGAAUUAAUGUCGUUGCCGUGGUGAUGUCUAAACUGCACAAUUCUUUGUUUCAGCAUGUAAAUGAGUCCGAGGCCGUGUGUAGUUAGCGUGUCCUGCGGUGUAGAAAGCCCACAGCUAAUACCCAGUAUGUACAGCUUAGGACAUUUUAUAAUGUGAAUAAAGUUUUGUAUGAAAA